UCCGUCAAUUGACUCAGACAAAGCCUGAUUUCACUGGGGAAGGCGGUGAGAAGCGCUGCCCUCAUUAAAUCUGGCCAUUAGAGGUGCUUCUAACGGAAUUAACGUUGUUUUAGUGGUCUGAGUCCUAUAAAGGAGUCUGUGCAUGUGCACACAGGCAGGUUCUGUAAUUUUUGUGGGUCUUUUUUUCAAGAGGAGAGGAAUAGAACGCGAAACAAAAAUACACCCCCGCAAACCGCAAAUCCCCAAAGAACAAAAAUCAAAAACCGGGUGAAUGCUCAAGAGUGGAAGACAAGGAGCAAGCAGGAGAGAGGCGAGAGAGAGUCCUCCCGAUUAUAAAGGCAUGAGCCCCCUGCGAUACGGGCUUCUGCUCGGCUGCCUGGGCUGUGCGCUUCCGCCGCGGGUGCGGGCGCAGUUCCCCCGGGUCUGCAUGACGGUGGGCAGCCUGCAGGCCAAGGAGUGCUGCCCGCCGCUGGGCGCCGACACGGCCGACGUCUGCGGCUCUCGGGAGGGCCGGGGCCAGUGCGCGGAGGUGCAGACCGACACCAGGCCCUGGAGCGGUCCUUACGUCCUGCGCAACCAGGACGACCGAGAGCGGUGGCCACGGAAGUUCUUCGAGCGGACCUGCAGGUGCACAGGGAACUUCGCCGGCUAUAACUGUGGAGACUGCAAGUUUGGCUGGACUGGCCCCAACUGCGAUCAGAAGAAACCCCUGGUUGUCCGGCAGAAUAUCCACUCCUUGACCCCUCAGGAGCGGGAGCAGUUCUUGGGCUCCUUAGACCUCGCAAAGAACACGCCGCAUCCUGACUACGUGAUCAGCACGCAACACUGGCUCGGCCUGCUCGGGACCAACGGGACCCAGCCACAGAUCGCCAACUGCAGCAUUUAUGAUUUCUUUGUGUGGCUCCAUUACUACUCCGUUCGAGAUACAUUAUUAGGACCAGGGCGCCCAUACAAGGCCAUAGAUUUCUCACACCAAGGCCCCGCCUUCGUUACCUGGCACCGCUACCAUUUGUUGUGGCUGGAAAGAGAGCUCCAGCGCCUCACUGGCAAUGAGUCCUUUGCUUUGCCCUACUGGAACUUUGCCACCGGGAGGAAUGAGUGUGACGUGUGUACAGACCAGCUGCUUGGGGCCGCAAGACAAGAUGAUCCGACUCUGAUUAGUCAAAACUCCAGAUUCUCCAGCUGGGAAAUUGUCUGUGAUAGCUUGGAUGAUUAUAACCGCCGGGUCACCCUGUGUAAUGGAACCUACGAAGGUUUGUUGAGAAGAAAUCAAGUGGGAAGAAACAGUGAGAAAUUGCCAACUUUAAAAGACAUACAAGAUUGCCUGUCUCUCAAGACGUUUGACAAUCCUCCUUUCUUCCAGAACUCUACCUUUAGCUUCAGGAAUGCCCUGGAAGGAUUUGGUAAAGCAGACGGGACCCUGGACUCUCAAGUGAUGAACCUUCAUAAUUUGGUUCAUUCCUUCCUGAACGGGACAAAUGCUUUGCCACAUUCUGCUGCCAACGAUCCUGUUUUUGUGGUCCUUCAUUCCUUUACUGAUGCCGUUUUUGACGAGUGGAUGAAAAGAUUCCAUCCCCCUGCGGGUGCCUGGCCUCAGGAGCUGGCACCCAUUGGUCACAAUCGGAUGUAUAACAUGGUUCCUUUCUUCCCUCCGGUGACUAAUGAGGAGCUCUUUUUAACUGCAGACCAGCUUGGCUAUAGCUACGCCAUCGAUCUGCCAGUUGAAGAAACUUCAGAUUGGACCACAACCCUCUCGGUGGUUAUGGGGAUGCUGGUGGUUUUGGUUGGUCUUUUUGCACUGCUGCUUUUCCUUCAAUAUAGAAGACUUCGAAAAGGAUACACACCCUUAACGGAGACACAAUUAAGCAACAAGAGAUACACAGAAGACGCCUAGAUGCUCACACCUUACCCUAGAGAAGAGGCUGGCCAAGGCUUAGUUCUGACCCUGACAGUGAGCAAACUAAUCUCACUGUUUUUCCUUUCAUUGACGAUCUUUGGCGUAGCUCCUCCUGUUGUGGUGAUGAUCCCAAAUACAGAAGAUGCUUAGCUGUAGUUUCUGGUUUGCUUUGUUUAUCUAACAGACAAGCUAAAGUGCUCGAGGGUGUCUCUACCAUCAAACAAAGGUAGAGCUGAUGAAGAUUGGUGGUAUUUGGUAAUAAUUCCUCAUAUUGAUUAAGCCUCCUCGUGUUCUGAGAGCACCCCAAAAAUCGAUAGAGUGGAUUCAUUGAAAUUUGCAGGUCAGUGUAAUUUGAGAGCUGGACAAGAUCAUGGUUACAUCUUUCUCAGCCCACACGUCUUCAUUUGUAAAGGGUUGGGGGCAGGAAGGUGCAGGUGCUACAGGAGUCUCCAAGGUCUCUUGUAGGUGUAAACAUCUAUGAUUUUAGGUGCCUUCUGGAUCAUCCUCCUGAGGCUUCCUUUUCUUCUUUUCUCUUGUUCUCUCCAGCCUUUAAAAUGGCCUUGAAGAUGAAAAUAGGCCUUAUUUUCCAUACAGGAUGGAGAAUGAAUGAAUGAAUGAAUGAAUGAUCAAUUUGGUUCUCUUUUAUAAAUUAGACUUUACAGAGUUUAUGAAGAGUCUGCAGUUCUUAACAGCAGAGCUAUCACCAGAGUCAAUAGCUGAAUAAACAUUGAUCCUAUAGUGGUAAAUGAAUAGAUGAGGGAUUAAAUUAAUUUAAAUUAAUCUGGUUGAUUAAUAUACUGUUUCGAACUUAUUAACAAAUAUAGAGUCACUCUUUCCAGGAAAGUCUGACUGGAGAAGGCUGGUGAGCCUAUAAUCCUGAACAUGAGACAAUUGGAGAGUUCCACUGCUUUGAGGGCUCAUUUGGGUGACCCCACACCAAUUCCUUUGCUAGGGAGCCUCAGAUGAAAACUUAUUCACGCAUUUGGCUUUUUUUUGUGUGUGUGUGGUACGCGGGCCUCUCACUGCUAUGGCCUCUCCCGCUGCGGAGCACAGGCUCCGGACGCGCAGGCUCAGCGGCCACGGCUCACUGGCCCAGCCGCCCCGCGGCAUGUGGGAUCCUCCCGGACCGGGGCACGAACCCGUGUCUCCUGCAUCGGCAGGCGGACUCUCAACCACUGCGCCACCAGGGAAGCCCGGCUUAUUUUUAAGAGUUGACUUUAAGUUCAUUAAUGCUGCCCUGUACUGCCGUUACUUACAAAUGCUGAGUCUUAUCAUUUAAAAGCAAACCAUC